AGCCGCGGCGGAGUUGAGCGCUGCUGCUAGUCCUUUAGCCAACAUACAUGUGGAGGGUCCGGAGAGAGUGGAGCUCCGCGCAAACUUAGGACAAAUCCUCUCCAGACUGGAAAUAUACUGUCGACGUCCUUUGCAUCUUUCACAUCAGACAAGUUCCCUUAAACAUGAAAGGUAGCCGGAUCGAGCUGGGGGACGUUACCCCCCACAACAUUAAACAACUGAAGCGUCUGAACCAAGUCAUCUUCCCUGUCAGCUACAAUGACAAGUUCUACAAAGAUGUGCUGGAAGUAGGAGAGCUUGCUAAGUUAGCAUACUUCAAUGACAUUGCUGUGGGGGCAGUGUGCUGUAGGGUGGACCACUCCCAGAACCAGAAGAGAUUGUACAUCAUGACACUCGGCUGCCUAGCACCCUACCGCAGACUGGGCAUAGGAACAAAGAUGCUCAACCAUGUGUUGAACAUUUGUGAGAAGGAUGGCACUUUUGACAACAUUUACCUUCAUGUGCAGAUCAGCAAUGAGUCUGCAAUUGACUUCUACCAGAAGUUUGGCUUUGAGAUCAUUGAAACAAAAAAGAACUAUUACAAGAGGAUAGAGCCUGCAGACGCCCAUGUUCUCCAGAAGAGCCUGCGUAGCCCGUGUGCACCACCAGCGGGAGAGCUGCAGAAGGCUGAGUAGGGGCCCAAGCGCGCUGAAGAGAUUGGUUUUUGCCCGUACUCCCAAAAUGGAACUGUGACAGAUGCCCCGGGGUCUAUAGAUACACCACUUUUUCAGAGGGCAAUUUAAAGAGAAAAACGAGUCCAUGAAAAAUUGCUGCAUUUUAUUUUGCAAAAAUGAAACUCCCAUCGGUUUGUGUUUUCCUUUUUUUUUUUUCCCCCUUCAUUUAGAGAUUUGAAAUUAAAUAUUUUUUUGUUGUUUUUUUCCAGGCAGAAUACAUAAGUGCUCCAAAAAGCUGCUUACUUGUUACAGAGUAGACAUGGUGAAGGUUAACUAUGUAAGCAUACUGUUUGCAUUUUACGUUUUUUAAAGGCAAGGGGACAUGACUGUUGUUUGGACAAGACAAUAGGACUAAAAGAGGGGGAAUCCUUUCAAAAUAGGACUAUUGUUGACUAUAGAUGGUCCUAGCUGGCAGCCUUGGAGUCAUGCUACGGACGGUAUUGGUGACUUUCGGAACUCGUCACCUCACCACCUGGGCCCAAGGACACAUGGGAAGGAAAUGCUCCUGGUGGUUGAGACAUGUUUAUUUCACAGGCAGAAUGCAGUGGAGGACCUCUGCAUGUGAUGCAGUGUCUCCUGGUGAUGUCAGCCUCUCCAGCCUGCCUUGAAGCUAGCCCAGAGAGGAAUAGGAUCAAUCGCCCCCUCAAAUCCAGGGGAUCUUGGUUGGCAAAACGGUUCGAGAGUGUGAGAGUUUGGAGGAGUGGACUCUACUCUCGUUUCUGAAUGUGUUUGUUUUUCUGCCCAUUAUUUAAUAUCCCCCCCUUUUUUUUUUUGCAUAAUUGCUGAUUAGUUCAUGGCUUUUCCUGGGGUGCUGUUGGUGCUUCAGAUUGGAGAAGGGAUUGUGAGUGCCAGUUAUGGAGAAGAGGUUUGCUCUUGGUACAGUUACCCCAGAACCUGAAAUCCUUUCCCCAUGUUGGGCCCGGUAUUGAAGCAUGUGCCUUGCCAUAGGCUUACAUUCCACAUAAAAUCAGGUUGAUGGGCUUCACUUAAAAGAGAUGUCCAGCAUCUUUCAACCUAAUCCUUAUACCUGUACAUCUCUAGUGUAUGGUCACUUACAAAGAACAGCAGUUUGGAGUCCUGUAUUUGGAAAAGAACAGAAAUGCUUCCAAGAGCUUCAGUGUAUGCACAUUGGCCUCUGAGUAUGUUUGGAAUCAGUGAGUUGUCUGACCUUUUCUGUAUACACAGAAUUGUAUGUCGCAAUCAUAUGGAAGCCCAUUCCCUCCAGAUAGAAGAGAAAAAAAAUCACUGCUUCACUGUCCCUAAAAAUUUGACUUGAUAUCUUGAAAUGAUGACUUAUUUUCUCAAAAUGUUGACUUACAUUAGAAUAAUGACUUGCUGUGUCAAAAUAUUGACUUAGUAUGUUGAAAUAAUGACUUUUUAUUUAUGGCUUACUUUAAAUUUGAGAGCUUAAUUAUUUGGCAAAGUAUUUCAAAAUCUUGAAAAAAUAAGAUUAUCACAAUAUUAAGUCCAGUAUUUUGAGAAAAUAUGUCAUUUUUGAGAUGGCAAGUCAGAAACAUGAGCAAAAUUUUUUGUCCUCUGCCUGGCAGGAACUCCCUUCAAUACAAUAGUCCAUAUGCUACACUUAAACUUUGGAAUUUUCCUUUAACUCAUCAAAUAGUUAUUUGGACAUUCUCAUCCUUUUCAUUCUUGUGUUUGUCCUGUGAAUAAUGUUUUUUAAUUGCUUAAAUUGUGGCAAAAAAAAACAUGCACUUAAAGUUUCUGCAGUACACUGUCUGUAGACAAUACCAGCAUCUUCAGAAUAUGUGGCGUUCAUCUAUUUUAUUUGGAAUUUUGCACCUUUAGGAGUUGGUGGCAAUGUCUGUUGGCAGUAUUUCAGAUUUUUUUUUUUUUUUUUUUUUUUUUUUUGGACUACUACCGCUCCCCUACCCCAAGACAAAAGCAAAGGCAAUUAAAGAUGCUAAGAAAAAGACAUUUUAUUUGUGGUUUAAUGAAAGGACACAUUUACUUUGAAUGUAUGCCUUUGGCAAGGCCAGUGAUUAAUUUCUGGACCCUACAUGAAGGUUAUUCAUGUGGUACAAAUGCAUUCGCCUCAUGUUCUGGGGUAGUAUGCAAAAAAAAAAAAUCCUGAAAGGGUUGUAAUGAGUUUUGUUUGAUGAUGGCCUCAGCCUGAGUUUUAGUUCAGCGCUCAGACACUGCGGGGUGGUUUUUCAUUAUUUGCAGGGGCGCAGGUUUGGACCUUAGCAGUCUCCUCUUCGGCAUGCUGACAGCUAAAAAUCUUCCCACGAUGCACUGCUAUCAUUUCAGUGAUGUUCACUGACAACCAUCUGUUUCCUAAGUGCAUUGUGGGAUUGUGGCAGUUUGGUAAUAUAGGUUCCUUAUGUAGAACUUGGAUGCGAGAGCCGGACCCCAGGAGAAGCCUUGAUGCUGCAUGCCAGGAGGGACAUGCCCUCUUCAUUGUAGUUCAAGCAUGUUUUUCUUUCUUUCUUUGGAGAAUUUUGUCUUUUCUGGAGCUCUAUAUUGUAAAACUUUUAAACCUCUAAAUAAAAAAAGUACUAUUUGCAUUAUUUGCCAGAACAUGCUGUUAAAAUGUCGAAGGAGUGCACAGGAGACAAAGAGGCUGGGUAUUUGACAUUGUGAGGCUCAAAAAGUAUAAGAAUAUUUAAGAGCAGCAUUAUAUGGGAAAAAUGUUGCUAGUUAUGUGCAAAAGUUUUGGUGCCCCUGGUCAUGUUUUGUUGCUUUUCAAAGUAAACAUAAGGAGAGAUCGAUUAAAUUUAAAUGCACAAUUACUGUUUAUUUGCUGAAUUUAACAUAUUGAGGGUUGGUGAAUAAAGUCUAAAAUAUA